AUGGAAAGAUGUUGGCAUGACGAUCCAUCUCAAAGACCUAACAUUGAUCAACUUCUUAAAGAAAUCAAAAAAACACGGCGUUUUGGUUCAAAAUGGAUAGAAAAUGAUAUUGAUGAAAAUGAAAAAAAUGCAUCUUUAGAUAGCAAUCGACAUAAUCAUAACACAUUAACGUUAAGACAAGAAAUUCACCCAGAAGCAAUUUAUACAAGCAGAUUUAUUAGCUAUGCUACGACCGUACACAGUGAUGAUUUGUUUGCAUCUGCUAAUAAUACCAAAAAUUUACCUUAA